AACGUCGGUGGUGCAGCAGAGCAGAUCCUGAUCUGACCACAGCUCGGUCUGUCUCUCUCUCUGCCUGUCUGUCUCCCUCUGCACCGCAGACAGCUGAGCCCGCACACAGACAGGACAGCCCGCCAUGAGCACGGCGCUCCUCCUGACGGCCUCCAGUCACAUCCAGAGCGCAUCUGCAGCUGAGAUCUGUGGUCUGUCCUUUCGGAGGAGGGAGGGAUGCGGAGCACUGCAGCAGACAUGCCGGGCCCGCUCCACCUCGCACUGAUCGCUCUUCUGGCCAGUUGUGAUGCCUUCAGACUGGGUUCAUCCCAGCGGGUCAUACCCCUCGGGUCUCCGGUGGCCCGUCUGUUCCAGGGUGAGGCCCCAGCGCAGCCACACUUCAUCCAGGAAUUAAUCAGAAGCAAACGCCACUCAGUCCAAGAGUUAGUGCGAGCCCAGCCUCAUUUGGUUCAUGACAUGGGCUGGCCAGAGAUACACGAAACAUCCCGUUCCCAGGCCAAGAUGGACUCUGCCAACUCCUCUCAGUUAAACCCACCGUCGUCUGUCAGCCAGGAUAUAGCCAGGCCCCGCGCUGCUGUGGAUGAAAACCUAGAUGUGGAAGACGAGAUGGAGCGUAUGGUUCAUCUAGCGGUUCCCCAGGAUGCAGAAAGCUACAGAGGACACCAAGACUCUACUGACCCAGAGAAGGAGCUCCUCGGUGGGCCAGGAGCUGGCGAUGCCUCCCUGGAGGCCUCGGGCUUCUAUGGAACAGACAUGGAGGACAGAGAGAGAGGAGAGGAGGGAGGAGAGGACCGAGAGAGAAGAGGGGGAGAGGACGAGUGGGAGAGAGACACAGGGGAGGACAGAGAGAGGAGAGGGGAAGACGCCGGAGGAGAGGAGGAAGAGAGAGGAGGAGGAGGAAUAGACGAUCAAGAUGUCCAUGUACUGGAUGCAUUAGAGGCUAACCACACAACCCCAGAUCUGGACGCUCUGAUUGGCUACAGUCCAUCUUUCCACCCCUCCAGCUCAGAGCAGCCCAGUAACUCCUCCCCAGCCGAGGUGCACGAGUCUGGGCUUCAGGAGCAUCGUGCAUCACCGGUCCUGGAGGUGGGUCCUCUGGAGAGAGAGCUGUGGGAGGCAGAGGGGGAGGAAGAUAGUCAUGCCAGUGGCUACGGAGUCCUUCACUCCUCAGUCACUACAACCAGUACUACAUCUGCUGCUGCUUCAACCUCGACAGCUGCAGGUGGAGACGCUGUAGGAACCGCCACCCCUGAGACUGACACAGGCACAGACUUUGGGCUGCUGGGAAGUUAUACAAAAGAUGAGAUAGAGGAUGAAGAGACAGAGAGGGAGGAGGAAGAGGAGGAAACGGGUCUGGCACACAAAGGUGUAUUUACCCAGAAUCCCACUGUACCAGAGGUUGGCAUGGUUCCCAGCAGAGAGCCCCUGCAGCCCAGCGUGGAGGAAGAGGAGGAGCUGGAACAGGGAGGACACGAGUUAAGAGGAGUCGGACUGAACGGCAGAAGUGAAGAGGAGGAGGAGGACAAAUGGGGAACGGUGGAGAAAGAGGAAACAAUAAACAGACACAUCAUCCCGCUCACCACAGAUCCCUCCACCACCGUCAGCUUCACCGACCCCUCCUGGGAUUGGCUGGAAAAGACCACACCCCUGUCGGCCCAGACGUCAGAGGUCAGGGGAGGUGGGGUCACUGAGGUCUUCUUACCGGAUGGUGACUUCGAUGAGAUUGAGGAGGCGCAGCAGGUAGUGUGUGUGGACUGGAGCGAGCUCGCUGGACGAGGCUACGUCAUCCUCAACAUGACGCAAAACUUGAACUGCGAGGAGUUUCGUGUAGACCAGGGCGUACGGUUGUUGAGGAUCAUGGAGAGAGUGUUUGCUCGAAGAAUGAACAGCCCCGAGGGAUCAUGGGUACUCUACCUCAGCAAGCCUACACACCAGCAACACCAGCUGCUGAUGAACGUGGCAUCUGAGCAUGGAGUUUUAGGUACCAAGGAUGUGCUGGGAAUGCUGGGAGAGAUCAGGAAAAGUUUGAAUAAGGUUGGCAUCCAGAACUACAGCGCGGCCGGCAGUUGCCAGUCUCGGCCCAGUCAAACACGCAGCGACUACGGCAAGCUGUUUGUGGUUCUGGUGAUCAUCGGCUCCGUCUGCAUGGUCAUCAUCACGUCUGGAUUCAUAUACAUCUGCUGGCAAAGACGACUGCCUGCGACUAAGACACAGUUUCACGCUGAGGAACUUCACUUUGUGGAAAACGGUUGCCACGACAACCCAAUGCUGGACGUGGCCAACGACAGCCAGCCGGAGAUGCAGGAGAAGAAGCCGAGCACCAAUGGGCUCGUAGGGGGAGGAGAAGGAGGCGGGGAGGACAGCAAUCGCUGGCAGGUGUUUGUCAAUCAAGCGGCGACUGAGGAGGAAGAAGAGGAGCAAGACACGCAUCUCUGAUGGAGGAAGAGGAAGAGGAGACAGGAUAUGAAGGAUGGACAGAGGAUAAAGUGGAGAAAAUGAGAAGAGUACAAAGAAAAAGGGGAGAAAAGAAGGAAGUAGUUGAUGGGAGUUAAAGGGUAUAAAGAGUAAUAGAUGUCCAGUCAGAGUUAAGCUAGGAUGGAGGUGAGGAGGAGGAGUCACUGACCCCUUCAUGGAUGUUAGACACUGGGGUAUAUGUCAGCUUCAAAUCUGAACUCAUGGAAAGACAAUGAACUUGUCAAUCAUUUAAUAUAAUCUCUACUUGAUGUUAGAUAAUGUCACCAUUACAUAAAAACACAUCUGGUUUAGUGUGCCUUAUGCUUCUUUUACACUGUGGCUGCACGAGAGAAAUAAAACACGAAACGUAGUAAAAAAGCACCUUUUUCCACCUUUAACGUUUGAAUGUAAAACAGCUUUUAAAGUUUCUAACAGCCGCAGCAUCAGGAAGGGUUUUAUUUCACAUUAAGUCAAAUUCUUCGACAAAAUGGCCCCAACUGGAAGCAGAAAGCUGAACUUUACCUAAGUUAUAAUAUCAAGGAGACAUUGUUUACUCUGAUUAUCAUUGGUGGAAUGUAACUUAGUACAUUUACUCAAGUAUUAUACUUUAUACUUAUUACUCCACUACAUUUACCUGAAAGCUGUCUGUACAAAUGAGUGUAUAUUUACAUAAAAACACAAAAUGAUACAAAGAUUAUAGAUUAAAACUACACAACAGUAUAUAAAGUAGUCAAAUCAGCUCGAUUUACAUCCACAAUACGACAGUAAAAUGCUACCACACAUUAAUGCAUUAUUUAUAAUCCUUUAUUUGCAUAAUAAGUACUUUUACUUUUGAUACUUUAAAUACAUUUUCUACUAAUAUUACUCUACUUUUGCUUAAGUAAUAUUUUGAAUGUAAGUGUUUUACAGUGUGGUCUUGUUAAUUUUACUUCCCACACAGUCGAUAAUACAUUAAAGAAUUGAUUAAAGAUUGAUUAAGAAUAUCCAGUUUCAGAGAUGAUCAGUGGAUUUACCCCGAUGUCUGACUUCUCUCCAGAGACAACAGUGACUCCUCUUAGCUCCUCCUCCAAAUCACUGAACAGGAAGUAUAGCCUGAAGCGACUUUGAAAGUAAGGUUUUGGCACUUUAUCGAUUCCUCUCGGAAAUAGUGACUAUCAUCAUUGAAAUGCUGCAUCAUGUUAAAUGUAUUACAUACAGUGACUGAAAUAUCUCUAUUUUGCUCCUAGGAAUGGUUGUAACCGCUGAGGAUGUUUACUUUACACUCUAGAACCAGUCAUGUGAUUGCUAUACGUACUGUUAGCCUAAUAUGCUUUUUUCAAUAGUGUUGGAAUGGCUGCUGUAUCCUCCCGGCUAAAUCUUGAGGCUAUGACACAUGGGCAACAUUUAGAGGCCAAAAGCACAAACGAAUAGCAAGUUACACAGUGAGCCAAAAAAAAAAACCUAAAACAAGUCCAAGUCGAGCCCCAAGUCUUCAGUGUUUUGAUGUUAAAUGUUUGAGUCUGAGUCACUGAAUAGCUAUGGUCAUGUUCGAGUCAAAAAUCAAGUCAACAAAGUCACAUCAGAGUCACAAAGGACAUGUUCAAGUCUGUACAGUCGAGUUUAAAGCACUAUAAUGAGUGAGUACGAUUACGUCCAAGUCAUUUGUGAAUCAGUACAGUCAUGCCCAAGUCAGUCGGUCAUGUCUGAAUUAAUACAGGGCUGUCCGAGUCACUACGAUCACGUCUGAGUUACUGCAGGCAUGUGCGAGUCUCUAUGGUCAUGUCUGAAUCACUGUGGUCAUGUUCGAGUCAUUACAGUCAUGUCUAAAGCUGUAUUUGUGUCCCAGUCACUAAGAUCAUGUCUGAAUUAUUAUAGUCGUGUCAGAAUCAUUAUGGUCAUGUCCAAGUCAGUGGGACCUCAUCCGAGUUACUUCAGCCAUCCCACAGUCCAAGUUACUAGACAUGUCAAGUUUCUGCAGGCACGUGCAAGUUACUAAGCUCAUCAGAGUCACAGUGAUCAUGACUGACUAACCAACAUUUAAGUUGAAGUUAAGUUGUCAAAAUUGGGACUUGGACUUGGAGGGCGCCAGUAAUAAAAGUCUGGCUAUUUACUGUCGCAGCCCGUACGAUAAUAUUAAACAUAUCUGAUGGACAGAAAUAAUUACAAAUAUUUUUGUAAGCGUGCCAGCUGACUAAAGUCACUAUUGAGUUAACUGGAAUGGAGAUAGACAGCUGCUAGCAGUGAUGUUCAAGGUUUGUUUUAUUGUGUUUGUUUACUUUUAUUCAGAUUGUUUUUUAUGAUCAUUUUGUUUCUGCAGUUGUCAAUCUCCAUUCCUGUUACAGGUGGUAUUGCCCAUCUGCAUUUCAUCAAGAUGUUGCCCGUGCUUCAGCUCUUUUACUCUGACUUUCCUCAAUGUAACAAUACUGUAUAUGGCUUCACUAUAAACUACGCUGAUUGAUUCAUAUGCACUUUGUCAGCAGGAUUUAUGGAGCGUUCAGGACAUGCUGGGACUGACGACUGUCCAUCCUGAAUACAUUCAAUGACUGCCUGCAGUGUAGAUUAACUGUUUCUGAGAGCACAAGACACAGGCAGGACACAGUCCCCUUGUCAUCCGCUGGAAGACAGACUAAGGAAGGCAAGGCACAUUCAUUUAGCACAUUUCAUACCCAAGGGCAACCCAGAGUGCUUUACAGAGUACACAGGCAAAAUGACAAAAAAGAAAUGAUUAAAACAAUAACAGCAAGCAAGCAAAAGCACACAAAGCAAUAAAACAAACAAUGAAAAGAGCAUGCAGCUUUCAGCACUGCAGAGAUCAACAGUAUAAUGAAACAGACAGCCUUUGUUGCUUUUUAUUUGCUGAAAGACUGAAUUAGAGUUUUGAGAUAAAUUGUGUUGCUUUUUGUUGCUUGAAAUCAACUUGUUUUCACAGAUUUCACAGUUUUUCUACUCAGAAUCUGAUGACAGCCUUGUGUAUGUUUGCAUUUGUUAGCAGUGCUAGUGCAAGUCAGUGGGGAUUCAGCUGUAGCAAAAAAUAAGUGACCCUUCGUUUGUAUAAAGAUAACAAGCUUAGUUUCCUGGUGAGAAAAACCUGUUUUUUGGGGUUUUUUUGUCUAACAUUUUGUUGAGUUUCCAUUCAUUCAUCUCCAGGUUUAAUUUUAUUGUACUUACCUUUUUUUGUAUGUCUAUUUAUAUGCAUUAUGGUCUUGUACUGUCUCAUUCUUUUGGUUGUCUGUGUAAUAAGUUAAAUGUGAGAAAUAAAG